AUGGCCGACCUCCCGGCUAGCUCGCCCGACCUGUUCGCCAGCCUGGAUGGAGGCCUGGACGCUUUUGAUAUGGGGGAUGGGGCACUCGGAGAUAGCAGCAUUGUAGACUCCUCGGGCCCCGCUGCUACUUCUGCCAAUGCCGCUGCGUCCAUCGUAGCCGAGACUCCCAUUUCCGCUGCAGAUGCUGGUGGAAGGAGUGGGACUUUAUCGAAUUCUCCCCCGGAUGUCACCGCCCCCUCCCAGCAGCAGCAGCAACCGGACCUUUUUAGCCCGGUCACGGCUUCGCAAUGGGCCUUUCAGGACACCCCCCCGUAUGAGUCCCCCAUCAGCGACGGGAACUCAUUCGGUAUCGCACCCCAGCAGACCUGGGAUCUUCCGCUCAACCUUGGUCAACUGCCGCAACAGUCAUUCUACCUCCAAUCAACUACCGCACCCGCCCACGACCCGACUUCUGCGUCCGCGCCUGCCGUAGACAAUUUGCCGCUGGCCUCGGCAUUUGCCCCGAACUUGCAACCUCGCCAGCCCGAACCUCUACGAACCAUUGAAAAUACGCUCACACCAGCACAGCGCGAGCGGCUCAAAACAAUCGCCAUGCCUCCUCACCUUCAGUACCGCUCGCCCCAAAGCGGUGCCGGCAGCCCCGACUCCGCGUCAAGCGGCCAUGACAAGGGUAGCCUCUCAUCACCGGACGGCGCCGGCCAGUCCAAAGGCUACGGUCGGAAACGCAAGUCGUCAGCUGAGGUUGACGAAGAUGAUGAUGAUGACGAUCUUGAGCAACCCGUCAAGAGGACAGCGCAUAAUAUGAUUGAAAAGCGAGCGCCCGGGGACGAAGACACCACCGAGGAUCGGGAGGAACUACACGGCUUGACGCCUGCUCAUAAGCUCAACAAGGCGACGAUCCUUAGCAAAGCCACCGAGUACAUCAGACAUCUCGAGAAACGAAAUAACCGCUUGUUCGAGGAAAACAACACUAUGCAUGAGAGGAUAUCAGCCUUUGAGAAGCUGUUCAUGGCCGGCGCCCUGACCAGCGGGUUACCAAAUCCACUGCAGCAACCGCCUACCCCGAUACAAUAUGCCCAAGAUGCGGGCAACUUUUUAAACACGCCAAUGGCGACACCUCAGUCAUCGGAUCCCCCGGGGAUGAUCCCCAUUCCGGACAAUAUGAAACGAAUCUUAGCAGCACAACAUUUGAACGCAGGUCGUCCAUAUCCAGUCCCCUCCGCAGCAAUUUGCUCAUGGUGGGUUCUUCUCGCCGGUUUGAUGCUGGUGUGCGUGGUCCUCAUCGAUGACACCGAUGACACCGGGUAUACCGAUGCACGGGGCCUCAAUUUCCUGGUGAAACAGCUCGGGCCUUUUCUCCGGGCUCCCAUCUUUACUGUCGGGGGCUUCGACGCUUCGAUUGUGGUCAUGCUUGCCAAGCUGAACCAGCUUUUCUUUUUAGGCGCCUUCCUGUGGGCAGCCUUCUCGUCGUUCUUUGACUUGUCGGUCUUCCGGCCUUCCAAAAAGUCGACGAGCACCGCGGCGGAUGUUAAAGCGGUGCCAUCUCUCGCCUCGCCCAUUCACGUUAGGAGACAGGCCUGGCUCACCGCUAUCCAGACCGUUUGGGUUCCGAGGCAUAACUUCUUUCUCGAAGCUGCCGCCCUUCUGGUCAAGACGAUGAAGUAUACUUUGAGGAAUGUGGUUGGUUCUCACGGUUACCUCGCGCUCACUGGAUUAAGCGCAGAGGAAGAGACUGCCCGAGUCAAGGCGUGGUCAAUUGCCCUGGAUGCCCAGCUCGCCGGCGGUGAUGUUGAGAUCAAUAAGAGCCGUCUCACACUCACCCUCAUUGCCUCGGGUACCCUCCCAGACACACCUCUCCGGCUCAUGCUUAAAGCAUUGCACAUCCGGGUUCUGCUCUGGCGGCUCAACGGCGCGACAUGGGCUGCUAACCUAAUUGCUGCCAAGCUGGCGAGGAUGAAGUGGAACGAAGCAAGACAGCUCAAUCGCAUCCUCAACUCCCUCCCUGAAGGCGAGUCAUCCCUUGACAAUGCUCUUCCGGAGCACCUCGCUGCCUUGCUCGAAGAGGACUGUGAUGAGGUUCUCAGCGACGUCAUCAUCCAACGCGCGCACAACCUCGCGUGGAACCAGGAAACAACUCAUAACCUCGUCGACAAGAUCGACGGCAUGGACACCGUCGUCGAAGACCCCGCCGUGCGCUCGCCCAUGGACGCUGUUGCGUCCUGGUACUCCAAUGCCACCCUCCACCGUGUUCUCUUUAGCAGCCUCCAGCCGCACCCCGAGGACCCUGCCGCCCCCGGCCUGGCAGAUGGCAUCGCGCUGGCCGUCCGAGUUGCGCCCAUCGGCUCCAACGCCCAAGUCCGCGCCCUUAUCGCCCGCGCCGUCCUGGCCGAUGGCAAGCGCGGCGCCCACAUCGUCUCGGCCCUGCAGGCCCUCGGCCCGUCCGCGAACCCGGACAAGCACCCGGACUACAGGAGCGGCGUCCCGCCCCUCAUCGACUCCCCCAUGACUUCCAUCGUGCCGGACCCCGACGCGCAGAUGGCUCUGCGCUGCGCCAUGGGCAUCGCCCAGCUGCAAAAGUUCGAAGAUCCCCCCGCCGCCGCCUACCUAACCAUCGACUCGGUGCUACCUGCCGCCGCCGCCGUCGCCGACCUGUCACUCCUCGGGUUUACCGCCGCGUUCCACCUCAUGGACAGGCUUAACCACCACGCCGUCGCGCGCGAAGCGUGUGCGCACUCGCUGGAGCGCCUCGCUGGGAACCUGCGCAUCUGGAUGGGCUGCGAUAGCGCCGCGGGCCAGAAGGCUGGUGUCGAUGCCGCGCUGAGGGCGGAUAUGAUUGGGCGGUGCUUGGCUGUGACUAAGAGUGUGGUUGGCAUGGAGGCCGAUCCGGGGUAUGGAAGUAUGGAUGAGGAGUGUGUGGCGGAUGCGGAGGGUGGUGGGUGUUGA